GGGGUGGGGAGGAGGGAAUCUUAUAUCACGUGACAGGGGCGGCGCGGCCCGGGGUGUCAGUGUGGAGGAGACUGAGUAUUCUUCCUUGUAAAUACUGUUAUUUGUAUAUACUGUAAAUGAUGACGUCGGUGGGCACUAACCGAGCCCGGGGAAACUGGGAACAACCUCAAAACCAAAACCAGACACAGCACAAGCAGCGGCCACAGGCCACUGCAGAGCAAAUUCGACUUGCACAGAUGAUUUCGGACCACAAUGAUGCUGACUUUGAGGAGAAGGUGAAACAAUUGAUUGAUAUCACAGGCAAAAACCAGGAUGAAUGUGUGAUUGCUUUGCAUGACUGCAAUGGAGAUGUCAACAGAGCCAUCAAUGUUCUCCUGGAAGGAAAUCCAGACACGCAUUCCUGGGAGAUGGUCGGGAAGAAGAAAGGAGUCUCAGGACAGAAGGAUGGUGGACAAACUGAAUCUAAUGAAGAAGGAAAAGAAAAUCGAGACCGGGACAGAGACUAUAGUCGACGACGUGGUGGGCCACCAAGACGGGGGAGAGGUGCCAGCCGUGGACGAGAGUGUAUGCAUGGGGCUUUAUCAAAACCAGCUGUGGUUCGGGGCCAGGAAAAUGGAUUGGAUGGCACUAAGAGUGGAGGACCUUCUGGAAGAGGCACAGACAGAGGGAGAAGAGGCCGCGGCCGGGGCAGAGGUAGUUCUGGUAGACGAGGAGGAAGGUUUUCUGCUCAAGGAAUGGGAACCUUUAACCCUGCUGAUUAUGCAGAGCCAGCCAACACUGAUGAUAACUAUGGCAGUAGCAGUGGCAAUACAUGGAACAACACUGGCCACUUUGAACCAGAUGAUGGAACAAGACUUGAUUUCAUUGGGGUUGAGGGGUCAAAUUAUCCCCGAAAAUUUGAGACUGCUCCUGGUAUGAUACAUCCAGGUGCAUGGAGGACUGCAACAGAAGAGUGGGGAACUGAAGAUUGGAAUGAAGAUCUUUCUGAGACCAAGAUCUUUACUGCCUCUAAUGUGUCUUCAGUGCCUCUGCCUGCGGAGAAUGUGACAAUCACUGCUGGUCAGAGAAUUGAUCUUGCUGUUCUGUUGGGGAAGACACCGUCUUCAAUGGAGAAUGAUUCAUCUAAUCUGGAUCCAUCUCAGGCUCCUUCCCUGGCCCAGCCUCUGGUAUUCAGUAAUUCGAAGCAGAAUGCCAUAUCACAGCCUGCUUCAGGGAAUACAUUUUCUCAUCAUAGCAUGGUGAGCAUGUUGGGGAAAGGAUUUGGUGAUGUUGGGGAAGCUAAAGGUGGCAGUACAACAGGCUCUCAGUUCUUGGAGCAAUUCAAGACUGCACAGGCCCUGGCUCAACUGGCAGCUCAACAUUCUCAGUCUGGAAGCACCACCACCUCCUCUUGGGAUAUGGGCUCAACAACACAAUCACCAUCACUGGUGCAGUAUGAUUUGAAGAGUGCAAAUGAUUCAACAGUGCACAGUCCUUUUACAAAGCGCCAGGCAUUCACCCCAUCAUCAACCAUGAUGGAGGUGUUUCUUCAGGAGAAGCCACCUGCAGUGGCUACCUCGACAGCUGCACCUCCUCCCCCCUCUUCUCCUCUGCCAAGCAAAUCCACCUCGGCUCCACAGAUGUCUCCGGGGUCUUCGGACAACCAAUCCUCCAGCCCUCAGCCAGCUCAACAGAAACUGAAACAGCAAAAGAAGAAAACCUCCUUGACGUCUAAGAUUCCUGCUCUGGCUGUGGAGAUGCCUGGCUCAGCAGAUAUCUCAGGGCUAAAUCUGCAGUUUGGGGCAUUGCAAUUUGGGUCAGAGCCUGUCCUUUCUGAUUAUGAGUCCACCCCCACCACGAGCGCCUCUUCAAGCCAGGCUCCCAGUAGCCUGUAUACCAGCACGGCCAGUGAGUCUUCAUCUACAGUUUCAUCUAAUCAGAGUCAGGAGUCUGGUUAUCAGAGUGGCCCAAUUCAGUCGACAACUUAUACCUCCCAAAAUAAUGCUCAGGGCCCUCUAUAUGAACAGAGAUCCACACAGACACGGCGGUAUCCCAGCUCCAUCUCUUCAUCACCCCAAAAGGACCUGACUCAGGCAAAGAAUGGUUUCAGCUCUGUGCAGGCCACGCAGUUACAGACCACGCAAUCUGUUGAAGGUGCUACAGGCUCUGCAGUGAAAUCUGAAUCACCUUCCACUUCUAGUAUACCCUCUCUCAAUGAAACAGUACCUGCAGCUUCCUUACUGACGACAGCCAAUCAGCAUUCAUCCUCCUUAAGUGGCUUGAGCCAUAAUGAGGAGAUUCCAAAUACCACCACCACACAACAUAGCAGUGCAUUAUCUACACAGCAGAAUACCCUUUCUUCAUCAACAUCUUCUGGGCGUACUUCAACAUCUACUCUUUUGCAUACAAGUGUGGAGAGUGAAGCGAAUCUGCAUUCUUCCUCCAGCACUUUCUCUACCACGUCCAGCACUGUCUCUGCACCCCCCCCAGUGGUCAGUGUCUCCUCCAGUCUGAAUAGUGGCAGUAGCCUGGGCCUUAGCCUGGGCAGCAACUCUACUGUCACAGCCUCAACUCGAAGCUCAGUUGCUACAACUUCAGGAAAAGCUCCUCCCAACCUUCCUCCUGGAGUCCCGCCAUUGUUGCCUAAUCCAUAUAUUAUGGCUCCAGGGCUGUUACAUGCCUACCCGCCACAAGUAUAUGGUUAUGAUGAUUUACAGAUGCUCCAGACAAGAUUUCCAUUGGAUUACUACAGUAUCCCGUUUCCCACACCCACCACUCCACUUACUGGGAGGGAUGGUAGCCUGGCCAGCAACCCUUACUCUGGCGACCUCACCAAGUUCGGCCGCGGGGAUGCCUCCUCCCCAGCCCCAGCCACAACCUUGGCCCAACCCCAACAGAACCAGACGCAGACUCACCACACCACGCAGCAGACAUUCCUGAACCCGGCGCUGCCUCCUGGCUAUAGUUACACCAGCCUGCCAUACUACACAGGGGUCCCGGGCCUCCCCAGCACCUUCCAGUAUGGGCCUGCUGUGUUCCCUGUGGCUCCUACCUCUUCCAAGCAGCAUGGUGUGAAUGUCAGUGUGAAUGCCUCGGCCACCCCUUUCCAACAACCAAGUGGAUAUGGGUCUCAUGGAUACAACACUGGUGUGUCAGUCACCUCCAGUAACACGGGCGUGCCAGAUAUCUCGGGUUCUGUGUACUCCAAAACCCAGCAGUCCUUUGAGAAACAAGGUUUUCAUUCCGGUACUCCUGCUGCCUCCUUCAACUUGCCUUCAGCCCUAGGAAGUGGAGGGCCCAUCAAUCCAGCCACAGCUGCUGCCUACCCACCUGCCCCCUUUAUGCACAUUCUGACCCCACAUCAGCAGCCACACUCUCAGAUCCUUCACCAUCACCUGCAGCAGGAUGGCCAGCUACCAUAUUUGCAGAUGAUUCUCUGUUGCCAGCGCCAGCAGGAGGAGCAGGAUAUCCUCACUCUCGUCGAUGACCAGCUUGGUGAAUAAGUAUUACCGUACCAACUGGGCCUCUUCUAGCAGGCUCGAAGGCUGUGGAAUAAAGUGAAAUCUUUGCCCUUUAAGAACUCUCACCUUAAUGUGCUAAUAUUUUGCCCUUAAGGGAUUCCCUUUUACAUCCUGUGACUGAAAAGAACCACUGCAAAUCUUCAUUUCUUCUAGAAACUGCCUCACCUACAGCAAGUUUCAGGAAGUGAAAGGGGAAGGAGCUAAGGACAUUUAAAAGGAAAAGGACCUUGUGGGAAUCUAAGCAUGAUUUAAAGGAUUCAUGAAAUCUGAAGCCAGCAUUAUCUACUGUCUGGCAGAACCAAAUUGCAGGGCUUUUUUCUUUUUGGAGGAGUAUAGUAGUUCUUGUCUGAGUUAUGUUUUUGAGACAGUCUCACUAUGUAACCCUGACUGGCUAGAAGUUGUAACCCAACUGGCUGGAAGUUGGUGUGGAGACCAGGCUGGUCUCAAAUUCAGAGAUCUACCUGCUUCUACCUCUUCAGUGCCAAGGUUAAAGGUUCUCAGCACUAUACCUUACCUUGCCUUUUUUAUGUGACUUUGAAAUGCCUAAGUUUUGGGAAAGGAGUGGAUGAUGGUAGAGCAAGACCUGGGGUGGGGACAUGGUGCAGUAAAAGGUUUUGGACAUGGAAAAAAAAGUUUCAUUUUUCUUUAUAAAAGCCAUAUUGCCAAGAA